AUGGCCACUACUGAUAACAAUCAAGGACAAAGCACUUCGAUGAGUCAACAAAAUGCGUCCAAUUCAAACCAGAGUCGAUACGCGGAACGGGUCGUACGAAAUGUUCAAUUUCCGAUCUCUGAUCGUCUCACUGUUGAGCAGGUCUACGAUCGUCGAUCCAACAAGCCAAGGCCAGAGGUGCUCAAAGAGCAUUUCGUGAAGGAGGGUCGGAUAGACGAAGAGGCAGCGAUUCGAAUCAUCCAGGAAUGCAGUCAGCUCUUCAAACAGGAGAAAACGAUGCUCGAUGUCGAGGCCCCGGUGACCGUUUGUGGGGAUAUUCACGGGCAAUUCUUCGAUCUCAUGAAAUUAUUUGAUGUAGGCGGCUCACCAGCAAAUACGAAGUAUUUAUUCCUCGGCGACUACGUGGAUCGUGGAUAUUUCUCAAUUGAAUGUGUUCUCUAUUUGUGGGCGUUGAAAGUCUGCUAUCCGACGACACUUUUCCUUUUGCGUGGAAAUCACGAGUGCCGACAUCUCACCGAGUAUUUCACGUUCAAGCAAGAAUGUAAGAUCAAGUACUCGGAGCGUGUCUACGAGGAAUGUAUGACGUCAUUCGACGCGCUUCCCCUGGCCGCAUUAAUGAAUCAGCAAUUCUUAUGCGUGCAUGGGGGUCUUUCGCCCGAGAUUCACACCUUAGAUGAUAUCAGAAGGUUGGAUCGUUUUAAAGAGCCACCAGCUUUUGGUCCAAUGUGCGAUUUAUUGUGGUCAGAUCCGCUCGAGGAUUUCGGGAAUGAGAGAAACGCUGAGCAAUUCAGUCAUAACUCAGUUCGAGGAUGCUCAUACUUUUACAGUUAUGCGGCUUGUUGUGAUUUUUUGCAGCAGAACAAUUUGCUCUCAAUCAUUCGAGCUCACGAGGCACAAGAUGCUGGAUAUCGAAUGUAUCGAAAAUCUCAAGCGACAGGCUUUCCCUCACUCAUCACAAUAUUUAGUGCUCCCAAUUAUUUGGAUGUAUAUAACAAUAAAGCAGCCAUUUUGAAAUACGAGAACAAUGUGAUGAACAUUCGUCAAUUCAAUUGUUCUCCUCAUCCGUACUGGUUACCAAAUUUCAUGGAUGUUUUCACGUGGUCAUUGCCGUUUGUCGGAGAAAAGGUAACGGAAAUGCUGGUGCACAUUUUGAAUAUUUGCUCGGACGAUGAAUUGAUGCAAGAAGCUGAUGACACCUUUGAAGGUGGCGUACCAUCGGCGAGAAAAGAAGUCAUUCGUACAAAGAUACGAGCUAUUGGCAAAAUGGCAAGGGCAUUCUCUGUACUUCGACACGAGAGUGAGACAGUUGUCCAACUGAAGGGACUGCAUCCGGGCGGAAAAUUACCUCAAGGGGUCCUUUCCGGUGGAAGACAAACGCUACAAGAGACCCUAUCUGGUUUCUCGCCCGGCCACAAGAUUCAAUCAUUCGACGAGGCGAAAAGACUCGAUAAAAUCAACGAAAGAAUGCCACCAACAAUGGGGCAACCAUCACCGGGUAGCUCACCCGGUGGAUCACCAUUACCAAGAAGAGAUCACGAUAAUCCAUCUCCAUCUAAUGCUCGACGC